AUGUCUCUUCUUUCGCAGGUCGCCCGCCGGGCCAUCCCUAGAACGGUUGCUCCUCUAUCUGCAAGAUUCAACACCACAAAGGCGACACCUGGAUCCGGAUUGACUACGACUCGUCAAGAUAGCGAGAAAUCGGGUCUAGUAGAACCAGCUGAGGCUCCCAGGCAUGUCGUGACGGCCGAUGCUGUUAGUGGUGCACCCACCGAACUGCGUCACCGAGCUGUUCGAAUCUACAAACCGACUCGGAAUACUAUGCAGAGUGGAGGCGCUAAAUCUGAGCAAUGGCGCAUCGACUGGGACAUCCUACAAGGAUCAGGUAGAUGGGAGAAUCCCCUGAUGGGCUGGGCUAGCUCCGCGGAUUACAUGCAAGGGACUCGCAUGAACUUCAAGAGCAAGGAGGACGCUAUUCACUUUGCUGAGAAACAAGGCUGGGACUACUAUGUGCAGCCGGACAUUGUGAAGCGUAUUCCGCCCAAGAACUAUGCUGGGAAUUACACCCACGUUCCUCACAAACUUCGCAUUCACCAUACCAAGUAG